AUGACUCGAGGUGUUGCCCGUAAAAAGUUGGUCGUUGUUGGUGAUGGUGGAUGUGGAAAGACAAGUCUACUCGUUGUAUAUCAGAAAAAGGCAUUUCCUCAGAGAUAUGUGCCUACUGUAUUUGAAAAUUACAUUGCCAAUGUACCGUUAGACACUGGAAAGAUUGUAGAACUGGCAUUAUGGGAUACAGCAGGACAAGAGGAUUAUGACCGAUUAAGACCUUUAUCAUAUCCAGAAACCGAUGUGGUCUUGAUUUGCUUUGCCAUUAAUUUACGUACAUCAUUUACAAAUGUGCAAGACAGAUGGCUCCCAGAAGUAACCCAUUUUUGUGAAAAUGUACCUAAAUUAUUGGUUGGCACAAAACUGGAUUUCAGACAAAAUCAGGAAGAGAUUCGACGAUUGGGAUUAGUUGGACAAAGACUGAUUACAGAAGAAGAGGGGGAGCAACUGGCUCGAGAAAUCGGUGCAAAGUACUACGAAUGCAGUGCAAUGCAAAAGAUCAAUGUGGAUGAGGUGAUUGAAGCAGCAACAAAGGCUGCUGUUGCUGGAAAUAUGAGACGUCUUCAUAAGAGACUUUGUACCAUUUUAUAA